AUGGCUUUCGCUGGGUGUGUACGCAGGUCAGUGUCUAAGUUGGCUUCGGCAUGUGAUCGAGCCCGGUCUAUCUCCUUCCCCGCCGUUAUGAACUGUCGUCCGUGUCCGUCUCAAGCUCUCAACCCGUCUCCGCUGCGUGCCUUCAUCUCCCGUGGCGUUUUUACUCUCUCGAGGAGUGAUAGUAUACUUCUCUCGGAGAUACAAAUUCGCGACGUGAUUGACUCCAAGAUCCUUUCUGAUUUGGAAAUUGAUGAUCUCGAUUAUUUGCUGUUAAGUGUUAAGACGAUAUUUUUCUUUCUUAUACUCUACUGGGAGCAGCUUAAAGAGACAAUUCCGGAAUACUUCAGUUUCAGAAUUGAAGAUGAUCCUUCAGAUCAGUUUGUGACAUUGACGACUAAGGAACACGUUGAGGAAAAUUUUAAAGUUUUAGCAUUCAUGCCUAGUCUUGUUGCUGAUAAACCAAGUAUUAAACUGAUUCUAACUGUCACUAAGAAGAGCGGGCUCGGCCUGGAGUUUAGCUGCACGGAUUUUGGUGAUCAUUUUAACAUAGAUAAUGUAUCAGUGAAUCAUCCGGGGGAAAAGAACGAUUGGCAAUUCGAAGACUUGGAAGAUGAUAUGAAGAAGGCCUUCAACAAUUAUGUGGAGACCCUAUUAGGAGAAAGCACAAGGAAGUUAUUGCAUAGGUACAUGAUGAGCAAACGGAAGCGAGAGUACUUGGCAUGGUUGAAGGAUGUUAAGAAAUUUAUUCGUUGA